AUGGCUGAGAGAAAAGUUUUGAAUAAAUAUAUACCUCCAGAUUUUGAUCCGGAUAAAUUAAUGGAAAGUAAAAAAUUAUUAAAAAAAAUAGAAAAGAGGAAAGAUAAGAAUAAAAAUAAAAAUAAAAAAAAAUUAUUAAAUAUUAGAAUGAUGUAUCCAUUUACAUUAAAAUGUAAUAAAUGUAAAAGUUUUACGUAUGUUGGUACAAAAUUCAAUUCAAGAGUUGAAAAAUUAAAAGAUGAAACUUAUCUGAAUAUUCCAAUAUGGAAAUUUUAUGGAAAAUGCCAAGAAUGCAAAAAUGAGAUAAUUUUCAAAACUGAUCCAAAAAAUGGAGAUUAUUUAUUAAUAUCAGGAGGCAUACGGACAUAUGAUGCUCAUAAAGAGCAAGAAUUAGCUGAUGACUUUUAUAGAUCAAAUAAUAAUGUUGGAGAAGAAGAUAAAAUUAAAAAUACUGAAAAAGAAUCAUAUAAUGCUUUAUUAGAGUUAAAAAGAAAUGAACAAUUAGAAGAAUUACAAAAUAUAAAUAAAAGACACAUAGAUAAAUUUAAUAGUAUAAAUAAAGCAUUAUCUCAUUUGCAUGAAAAAGAUGAAAACAAAAAUAAGAAUAAUUUUUAUAUGAGUUACUUAGACUCCGAAGAUGAAAAAGCUUUCUUUAAUUUGCUUAAUAAAAAUAGAAAAUUAACAGAUGAAGGUAAUGGUGAAAUAAAUAAAAAUAAAGGAAAUAUUUCUAAUACAUAUAAAGGAGAAAAUAAUAACAUUAUUAUAGAAGAAGAAGCAGAGGAAGAAAUAGAGAAAGAAAUAGAGAAAGAAAUAUCAAAUGAUUACUUAAUAAAUAAAGAUGAAAAUUUUGAGAUUUUAAAAGAAACAGAAAAAAAUAAUGAAUUGAUGAAAACAAAUAUCUAUAAUAAUAUAGAAAAAACCAAAAAAUUAAAUAGACAAAAUAAAAUGGAUAAUAAAAGUAGUAUAAAAUUCAACAAAAAUGAUUUGGAAUAUGAUAGUAGUGUAAAUAAUAAUCAUAAUAUAUCAGAAUUAAAAAGUAAACAAAUAUUUAAAAAAAAAAAUUUAGAAACUGGUUACAAUUUUAUCAUUAAAAAAAAAGAAGAUUUAACAAGUAUUUUUAAUGAAUAUAAUUCAAAUGAUACAGAUGAUUCAAAAAGCUAA